UUAGUUUCAAGCUCAUCUUUUAGGCCAGUCUAGUGUGGCGAAUAGACUGCACGCCUACCUAUCUCGUUGGACUAGGGUCAAAUACAUCUUUUGCCUUGGCUCCUUGUUUACUCGCAAAAACAACCCAAUGAGACGACAAGACGUCAGCAAAGAAGCCCCCGCAACGUCGCGUUGAAGAGACGGGUUCAUUGCUAAUGACAACCAACAGCUUAGCAAUAUUAGUCUCAGUCUCAAUAAUCAGCACCCAAUAAAGGGAUUCGUCGGCCACUCUUCGCUAUUUCCGUGACAUUCUCCGGGAGCGUAUCUAUUAGUAAGCAUACGCGCUGUUGUUCGAGUCCCGAGGUCCGAGCAAGGAUGCAAAUACCGCGGCCUGGUCGCGUCCGCGAUAGCCGUGUGCAGGGGCAGGCAGGCAAGAGCAAGACUCCAACGCCGCUUCACAGGUUGGAUACGUGGAAUCUCCAAUGCCAAGACCAAGGCAGGGCGACGCUCUCAGCUGCUGGACGUGCCGGUUAAGACGCAAGAGAUGCGACGGCGUCCGGCCCGUCUGCGGCAGUUGCGACGACCUCGACAUCGCCUGCCACGCCGGCACCGCCAAGCCCGACUGGAUGGACGGCGCCACCAUGCAGCGCGUCAUGGCCCGGGAAAUCAAGGCCCAGGUCAAGCAGGGUGCAGCCGGCCGGCGCGCACGGCGGCAGCUCGACGAGAGCCGAGAUCCGAGCCGCGCCUUCAUCGUCACGUCGCAGCGCGACUACAGCCUCCGGAACGAGCCAGCCAGGCCUCCAGCUGAGAAAUACCAAUACCUCAACGACACCAGCGCGGACCUCGAGGCCGACUGCAUCUACAUGUACCUGGAGAACGACUUUCCGUACCUAUUCCCCUUCUACCGGGCGCCGGGGACGGCGCACAGCAAGGCGCCGGCGUGGCUGCUGGCGUUUCUGCGGCAGAACGAGGCCGUGUUCCACUCGGUGCUGGCCUUUAGCUCCUACUUCUUCACCGUCGCGCUCAACGACGUGUUCCCCGGCGACGCCUACGCCGGCUGCAAGUUCACGGCCUGGGGCCAGGUGGCGCGCGAGUCGGACAAGUGCUUCGCCGCCAUCCAGCGCGACCUGCAGGGCCUCGCCCGCCGCGGCGCCGACGUCACGCUCGUCGAGCAGGCCCGCGUCAUGGAGAGCAUCAUGCAGCUGCUCAUCUUCGACAUGUUCGUCGGCGCCUCGCAGCAGUGGGAGCUGCACCUCAACCCGGCGGCGACACUGCUCGCCGACAUCUUUGCCCAGCACGGCUGCGCCGACAGCGACGCCUUCUCGCGGCUGCUGCACGAGAUGGCCCCCGCCGGUUACCCGACCCCAGACCGGGAAGCCUUCCGCUUCUUCACCGCCGUCCUGCUCUUCACCGACACCAUCGCCAGCACCGCCCUGCGCCAGCCGCCGCGGCUACACGGCCUGCACCCGCUGAUCCUGUCUCCCGACACCUCCGCCGCCACCACCACCACCACAGAAUCCCAAUCUCCCCGGCUGGACCUCUCCGCCUUCGUUGGCUGCCCAAACUGGGCGCUGCAAGCCAUCAGCGCAACCGCGGUACUCGCAGCAGAGAAGCGCGCCGGCAGGCUAUCAGCGCAGGACCUCGCCACGCGCGCAGCGCCCAUCGCCGACAUGAUCGACGCCGGGCUGGCGCGCCUCGACGCCGCCGACGCUGCCCAGCCCCCGCCGCCCUCGGAACUCCACGCGCGCCACAUCCGCCGCCUAAUGCCCUUCUGCCCGGACCUCCCGGCCCACGCGGCUGUUCCUACCACUACACCGCCGCCAGCAACAAGUCCCGUCCACCGCGUCCUCUCGCUCCUCCUGCUCGCCGCCCGCGGCACGUCCGACAUCAACGCCACGAUCAACAGCGUCGACGUGGCGUCGGCGCUGCACCCGCCGCCGCGGUUCUGGUGCGCGGCGCAGCUGCGCACGCUCGCGUGGCCCAUCUGCGUCGCUGGCUGCUGUGCGCGCGAGGCGGGCGGCGAGCGCGCGGCGUUUCGUGCGGUUAUCGCGGGUGCCGGGGAUCUGCAUACGUAUAGUGGGUUGCGUGGCGUGGGGAGGGUUUUGGAUGCUGUUUGGGAGCGGGUUGGGGAUGAUGGGGAUGGGGAUGGGGAUGGAGAUGGGGAUGGAGAUGGGGAUGGGGGGUGGGAUCUGGCGGACUGUUUAGGGGUUCUAGGGACGCCGGCGUUGCUUGUUUGAGGGUUUUGGUGUUGUUGAGAAGUGUGCUGGGGUCGAGGAUGUGGGGAUAGAUGCGAAUAAAGAGACUAGGCCCUGAUCCUAAGCCGAGAAUAAGAAGUAAAUGAAAAUACGGAUUAGACUGUUUGGGUUUCCCACAAUGGGAUAUAUGUAAGCAGCGUUGUAUUUGAUAUUCAUCUCUAAAUCAAUCUGUAGAGCCAGCUCCCUUGUCUCGUGUCCCUUUUU